UCAGCAAACGGGCGAACAGUAAACAAUCGUUAACAUCAUAUACAAUGGACUCGCGUACCUCUUUAUUUGUUGUUUUCGGGGCCGUUUUAGCCGUUCUCAGUGUUUCUGCAUUGCCUCAAAAGGUGAUCGAAUCUAAUAAGCCCGCCACGGCUCCAAAAUCCAUUGAUUCUGCUCAAGAACCCUCUAAGCCCGCAUCUCAGGGAACAUACACUACCAAGUAUGACAACAUUAACAUUGAUCAAAUAUUUGGCUCUAAGAGAUUAGUCAACAGUUACGUCCAAUGUUUGUUGGAUAUACCCAACCGUCCAUGUACAGUAGAAGGACAAGAACUAAAAAAUAUUUUACCAGACGCAUUAAAAAAUCUAUGUGUCAGAUGUAGCGAAAAACAUAAAGAAAUUGCUUUAAAAGUAGUUACACGACUUGAAAAGGACUACCAGAAGGAAUGGAAACAACUUCGUGAUAAAUGGGAUCCCACCGGAGAAUACUAUGUUAAAUUUACUGAUUUCAUUGAACAAGAAAAGAAAAGAAAAGAACAAAACAAACUCAUUCAUAAGUCAAGUCAUUAGUAAAAUUAAUUUUAAGUGUUCCCGAGUUGUGUUAUUUAUUUAAUGUAUGAAUAAAAAAAAAAAAAGGUAGGAACUAGUUAUAAAAUUAUUUGUAUGUAACAUUUCUGAUUAAGGAAAAUAAAAAAGUAGUUGUUUUAUCGUA